UUGGGAAUAUAUUUAACCCUUAACAUGUUCACAGUGUUCUGGUACGUGCCAGUGAAUCAAUUAUUUUGCCUUUUCUCCUUUAUUUUGAAAAAAUUGUGUAGUUUUUGCCAGCUUCACGUAGACAUGAAUCAGCCACGUCAGAUAUGCGCCUGCUCCGACCGUCGCCUGUCGUGUACAUACGGAAGACUCAAAAUUUCUCUCACAGUUCACAGUAAAUCUGUUCAAUAAACUCUACAACGCCGGUAAUGUCUACAGUCGAAGAACUAAAGCUCCGAGUGCGCGAGCUGGAAAACGAGCUGAUAAAAUGCAAGCAAAAACGCGACAACACAGAUCACCAGGCAUCCUUUCGACCAAAAAUCGAACAGAUGAGUGCUGAAGUGGUGGAUUCGAAUCCUUACAGUCGCCUUAUGGCAUUAAAACGUAUGGGCAUCGUUGAAGACUAUGAGAAAAUCCGCUCAUAUGCCGUUGCUGUUGUUGGGGUUGGAGGUGUGGGUAGCGUCACUGCAGAAAUGUUAACGAGAUGUGGCAUUGGUAAGCUGCUUCUGUUUGAUUAUGACAAAGUGGAGCUGGCCAAUAUGAACCGGCUCUUCUUCCAGCCUCACCAAGCUGGUCUCAGUAAAGUCACAGCCGCUGAAAAUACGCUCAGGAAUAUCAACCCAGAUGUCACAUUUGAAGUUCACAACUACAACAUUACCACAAUGGAGAAUUUCACACAUUUCAUGGAUCGCAUAAGUCAUGGAGGACUCCAAGAAGGGAAUCCAGUCAAUGUGGUCCUCAGUUGUGUGGAUAACUUUGAAGCUCGUAUGGCCAUAAACACUGCAUGUAAUGAAUUGGGACAGAUAUGGAUGGAAUCGGGGGUCAGUGAGAAUGCCAUGUCUGGACACAUUCAGCUGAUUUCCCCAGGAGAAACAGCCUGUUUUGCUUGUGCACCUCCAUUGGUUGUGGCAGCAAACAUUGAUGAGAAGACGUUAAAGAAAGACGGAGUCUGUGCAGCCAGCCUGCCCACUACCAUGGGGGUCGUUGCCGGGAUACUCGUACAAAAUGUUCUCAAGUUCCUGCUUGACUUUGGCACUGUUAGUCACUAUCUGGGAUAUAAUGCCAUGCAGGAUUUCUUUCCCACCAUGUCGAUGAAGCCUAAUCCUCAGUGUAGCGAUGCACAUUGUAGAAGACAACAACAGGAAUAUCAGAAAAAGGAAGCACUUAGACCAAAAGAGGAAGUCAAAGAAGUUGAAGAAGAGGUGAUGCACGAAGAUAAUGAAUGGGGUAUUGAGUUAGUGUCGGAGGUCACAGAGGAGGACUUGAAAUCAGCAUCUGCACCAUCAGUGGCUUUGCCAGAAGGACUCGUCCUGGCUUAUGAUAUGCCAUCAGAGAGUGGUGACUCUACUUCAGAAGUGGCGACGGUGGGUGGGGAGGAUGUGAGCCUUGAGGAGCUUAUGGCACAGAUGAAGAAGAUCUGAAGAGGACAAGAAAAUGGACGUCCAGCGGCAUUUCCACUUCUGUCAAGUCAUUUGUUUUUCAGGAACAAACGGACAUGUAUUGGCCGUUUGCCAUCAAACAUUUGGGAAGCAAAGUAAAUUAACCCAUUGCUGUCUAAAAUGCCUGCUAAAUGCCUAAGCCAUUUUUGGGAAAAGGUACUGUCCGACUAUAAAAACUUAAGUAUCUCAGCCUCUGAAGCACAUAAAAACAUGAAAUGAAUUGUAUUUAAAACCGAAGACCCGCAUCUUGCAUUAGAACAUGUUCAUUCAGCUCUAACAUAUAAACUUUUUUUUUUUUUAAGUUUCUCAAAAAUAUUAUGAGACUAAAGCUGCAUCAUGCAGAUCCCGGCCCUAGGGUCAAUGUUGUGUUACGCAGCAUUGGCCUCAAUGGUUUAAAUAAAGCAAAAUAAACCCUUCUGGUGCUCUGGACAGGUAAUGCAUGAAGCCCAGCCACACCACAAGACAAACUCCACGUCUAGUGACUCUGACAUUGCACUUUCCUCCCCUAAAGAUGAACAGCUAGACAGAAUGUUUAAAAUGGACUCGUAUUGGAAAUUGUAUUUGCUGUAAGUUAACACAUAGUGCUAAUAUUAAAAGCACAUUUUCCGGUAGUUUCCUCAUGAACCUCCGCAGGCCUGCCUUGAUUAUCAUGUCUUACUAUAAAUGCUGUCGCUGUCUUCAUUCAUCUCUCUCACUUCAUUAAAAUAUUUGAAAAAUGUCUUCUUGUGUAAUGAACCCAAGCUGUGCUAGCUGGUGUCUGUUACGGAAUGAUGUUUGUGGGCAAAUAAAUAAUGGUUCAAAAUGAUGGAUGAUAAUGGGAAGAAGUAAUUGCAAUGUCUUCAAAAAUGUCUGUAAAGCUUGGAUUUGAAUAGAUGUCCAUAUAUUGGGUACAUUGCAAAUGAUAUCCCCUGAUUUCUCGUAAAAACACUGGAAAACAAACACAUUAUUUAGUUCACAUGUCAGAAUAUCAACAAUUAAAUCACAAUGUACCUGUUCAAAAAAGAA